CUGUUGACGCACAAGACGCACAUCGGCACCUCAGUCGUGACCCACUAGUGCAGGCUACAGACAUGGAGAUAUUGGACAGCGGGGAGCAGUUUUUACACUGGGAUCGGAACCUCAGCGAGCUGUCGGAACCUGGAGAGAGCGAGGGCGUUCUAUACAGCACUCACUUCACGGAGCUCCUGGAUGACCUAUCCCAGGAUGCAUUGCUGGGCCAGUUGCUUAGCGACCCCUUCCUGUCGGGCCGGGGGGAGGCGAUGGACACUGAGGAGGAGGAGGAGCUGACCCCCACCUCCCCCGCGCCUCCUCACAUCCAGGCCGAGCACAGCUACUCCCUCAGCGGAGACUCACGGCCACAAUCACCCCUCUCACACCUACCAGGAGAACAGGGGAGCGACGCAGGUGACUCCGAGGCAGAUGAUUGGCCCAUGGAGGAGGAAGAGAAGGUCAUGAAGAUGGAGCCUCUGCUGUGUGACCCCGCCCCCUCCCUGAUGCCCGCCAUGACCUUGGGCCUCACCGCAGAGGUCGCGACCCCUGACCCCAUCGCCACGGCAACCAGCCCCGCCCCCUCCGCCACCGCCACCCUCACCCUGGCCAACACACACCCCACACAGCUCAAGAUCAAGAUUAAGGAGGAUGCUGAUGUCUUGGUCCCUCAGAUGAAAUUGGAGCCUCAUGAAGUCGACCAGUUCCUGAACCUCUCACCUAAAGCCCUGGAGUCUCUCCAGAUGCCCCCUACGCCCCCCAGUUCCCAUGGCAGCGACUCCGAGGGCAGCCAGAGUCCUGUGCACCCCUCCCCCCCCCCCACCCCCCCCCCCCUCUCCGCACAGGGCCAGCCAGGCCUCAAGGUGGCGCCACGAGCACCCUCCUCACUCUCAAACUCACCCCUGCUCACCGCCCCUCACAAGCUGCAGGGUUCCGGUCCGCUGCUCCUGACUGAGGAAGAGAGGCGUACUCUGGUUGCCGAGGGUUACCCCGUGCCCACCAAGCUGCCCCUCACCAAGGCCGAGGAGAAGGCCCUCAAGAAGAUACGCCGCAAGAUCAAGAACAAGAUUUCAGCCCAGGAGAGUCGCAGGAAGAAGAAGGAGUAUAUGGACGCCCUGGAGAAGAAGGUGGAGACAUGCUCCAAUGAAAACAGCGAGCUGAGGCGGAAAGUGGAGAAUCUGGAGUGCACCAACAAGUCUCUGCUGCAGCAGCUACAUUCCCUGCAGGCCGUGGUGGCCGGGAAAGUGCCGCGCUCGUGCCGCGUCACAGCCGGAACUCAGACCUCAACAUGCCUCAUGGUGGUGGUGUUGUGCUUCGCUGUGUUUCUGGGGAGUUUCUACCAGGGCCUGAACCUCAACCCUUACUCCUCCAUCGCCAAGACAACCACCGCACUCAGGAGAGACAUCAGCAUGCAGGAGUCUUACACUGCUACAGUGAGGUCUCGUAGUCUGCUGUCGUAUGAGGACGACACUGCGCCCCCUGCUGGCUUGGGAGUGAAGUCCCGUAGCCUGCUGUCGUACGAGGACGAGACUGCCCCCCCUGCUGGCCUCGGAGGGGAGUACCCUGAGUGGGACGCUCAGAUGGACGUCAUGGCAACGUGGCGCCGCGAGCAACAGCAGCGCUACGACGAGGAGAAGCACGGCGAGGAGGCGCUCACACACACACACACACACAGCCAGGAGACACACACACCUCUCCUGCACAGCAACGACACACACACACACACGCAACAGAAGACAGCGGUCCUCAUCGACCUCAACACACACAGAUCACUGGACCAGCGGUCGAACGAGAGCUCCAAAGUUCUAGAACUGGAGCGGACGGUGAAUGAGACUUCUUGAGGAGAAGAAGAAGAAGAAGACUCAGCUCUCCUCACCGGCCCAGCGCAAUGCCGCCCACUGCUGACUGGGCUCCCCUUGUAUUUAUAAACCCCGUGAACAUAAACCCUGUUGAACAUGUCUUUAUUUUAUAACCCCCCUGAACACGUCUUUAUUUUAUAA